GGCGUGUCAAUGGCGCCCCUGGAAGUGGGCGGAGCCAUCGGACCAACUACUGCCUGCGAAAGGACUGAAACUUUUACAAUUCAACAACACCGGUGUGUUUUUAAAUUCCGUUUUACGCCGCUACACGAUGUGCGACUGGCUUUGGCUGUCUCAUUAUGAGACACUAGAGCCCCGGGUCCAAAUGUAAUGGCCACACUAAGGUCAAGGUGGCUUCUGUCCAUCUUGCUGUUCAGUCUACCACAUUGCUUUGCGAACUCCGUUUCCCCUACUCCUCCUUCUGAUCCUGACUGCUUUUUCCCAUGUGAUGAAAACACCUGUGAAGUGAAUAUUCAAUGUACUUGGGAUCCCAGGUUGGACCCUCAGUUCCCAAGUAACUACAGCCUGCACUGGGAGACUGCAAACAGCGGGGAGGGUUAUGUGAUCAGCGAAACCAGGUGGAAUGGUUCUAUCCGUCGUGAAGACUUUCAAAGGAAUGAAGAGCUUCAUGUUUGGGUUGAAGCUAAGAACCAAAAUGGGUCUGCCAGAUCUCAGAAGGUUACAUUUAACACAGAAGAUAUCAACAAACCACCUCCUCCCGAGAUCCACCACCAGGAGCCAUUAGAAAUUGAGUGGAAUUCUACAUGUCAGACUCACCUUCCUAUCAAAUCUUGUGAGGUUCGGUAUCGGACUGAGGCGAAUCCAGUAUGGCUUCCGCCUGAGGAUGGGUUCAUAAGGAGCUACGCUUUGGAGGGAAAUCAGUCCUGCAUAGUCUACGAGAUUCAAGUUCGCUGUGCAUGUGAAAAAGGGAAGACAAGUAACUGGAGUAAAAUCCUCAGAGUACCGUUCCUAGAGAAAGUCCCCUCUGGGCAGCUAGACAUAUGGACAGACUGUGGGUCUUUCCCUACAGGCUUUGACUGUGUUCUGAUGUUGAAAAAACUUCCUGUAUCUCAGACCUGUGGCACCGUUCUGAAAUACGAAAUCAAAUUGUCUUACAAAAAUGCCACCGUGUUGCCAUUGAAUGUGUCAGCAGAAGGACCAAGCAGUCAACUGGUGUGUGAUGGGAUGCUGUGCUACCUCAACACCUCUCUUAAAGAUGUGUCAUCAGUCAGCGCAUCAGUGUUCAACAGCCAUGGUGGCACUGUUCCUGCUUAUAUAGCAAUGCCAGUACAAGAUAAAGAGAGAGAUGAACAAACUUUUGAUGCCAAGAUGGAUGAAGAAAACCUCACUGUGUCCUGGGAUCUGACCCCUCACCUUUCUUAUAACUUAAGUGAAAUUGUAGUACAAUACAAACAAGCAGGGCGUCCCCCAGGCCAAGGAUUUGACUGGAUCAAAGUGAACAAGUCAAAAACUGGAUAUUUCAAAGGUCACUUUAACAAACUGACACCAUACAUCGUGUCACUGUUUACAGUAUCACAGAGCAGAGAAAUCUAUCGUCUCUCAUCCGUUAUUGCUUAUGCUUCGCAAGGAACUCCUCCCCAAGUUCCAUCAUUUAGAGUGUUUUCUAUUGCUGCCACUCAUGUGACCUUGUUUUGGGAGUCCAUCCCACUGUCUCAGCAGAAUGGGGUGAUCCAGUACUACCAAAUAGGAGUUGAUGAACACAAUGUGCACAACGUGAAAUCAGCCACUUGGUAUCAAAAUUAUACCUUUGAUGUAAAUCAUCUGAAUCCAGACCAGGAUUAUAAAGUGUGGAUUAGAGCUGUGACUGCAGCUGGACCUGGAGAAAAUAAUACAACCAACUUUAAGACAAAGCAGGAAGAAACGUCCGGGUAUAUAAUUAUCUUAUGUUUUGUACUGGCAAUAAGUGUGAUUUUUGUAUUUGCUGUAUUCAGUUUGUAUCGAGGAGAAAGAAAAGCAUGUUCGUCGUUGCUGCAUGUUUUGUGUAAAAAAGUGCCAGAUCCCCGCAAUAGCCGCAUAUGCAGAAACAUGAAGCCCCAGAAUAAUGACUCUUCGGCAUGGAUUUGUAAACCCGCGUAUGAGCCGAAUCCCGAGAUUGUGGAAUUGGAAAUUGUUGAAGAUCAACCUGGGGCUUCUAAGUCUGCACAAAAGAAAACAUCUAUCCUGAAUGGACAUGUGUCAACACUGGAAGAUAGAUGUUCACAGAACAGUCAGGAAACUCAGAAAGAGGAUGUUAUCACAGAAGACUGUGACAGAACUGCCCAUAGAUAUGAAAGAGAGGAGUACAGUAAAAUGGUUGACUCUGAUGAGGAGAAGGAGAAAGUAGGAGAGGAAGACAGUGAUGAUUGUUCAGAUUCAUCAGAUGAAGACUUUACUUCAGGUUAUGAAAAGCACUUCAUGCCCACUGUUAGGGAAAUACUGGAAGUGUCAUGAUGUCCCUAUGUUUGAUGAUCAAUAUUCUAAUGAGAUAUGGAUAUGUUUUUUCUGUGCAAAAUAUGUUUAGUAUGAAACACUUUCUUUGUAGUGUAUUUUUUCUACAAGGUCUUGAUUUUUAUGAGAUUUAUGAAGCUAAUGACGUGUACUAUUUGGUUGUUUUUUGUCUUACGUUUUCUAUUUCAAGUCCAUCUCAUUUUUUAUGACUUAUGGUGAGCAACGUGCAAAAUUGACAAAAAUGCAUGGAUACACUGACAGUUGGAUGUGAUCUAAUUCACACACAAUGUAUAAGCAUCUUAAGUACAAUAAAACAUUGAGUUUGCAACAGUACUUUGGCAUUUUAAGUAGUAUUAAACACAUUUUUAAAGAUGUUUGUGAAACUCAUGUUAAAUGUUGUAUUUUAAGUGUCAUGUUUGAUUAAAUAAACUAUUUUAACAAG